GAUUAUGGCAGCUUCCUUGAUUUUUUUUAUAGAAUGCUAAAUUUCUUCACCAAAAGUGAUAAUUGUCAAUCUUUAAACGCGCAAUACCUUGUCUUGCUGAAAAAUUCAGAGCCAUUCGCCAUAAAGGUCAGCAGGAAACUAAAAUUUUAAUAUUUGAUGAUGAACCAUCCAUGCACUAUAAAUAGCCUCCUUCCCUUUGGUUGAAGCACCACACAGCCUCUUAUCAAUAAAACUUCUCAACAUACAAAAGAAAUAUACAACAGACCCAAAUGGCUCCAAGUUUCGAUAAUAGCAGCUCACUUUUCAACUUUAUCGUCCAAGAGGGAAACGGCGUGAAGGGAAUGGUGGACUCUGGCAUAUCAAAGGUGCCCCAGGCUUACAUUCAACCACCAGCCGAGCAGAUUGAUAAGAAAAAUGCAACCAAAUGUGAGAUGCCACCAGUUGAUUUGUCGAGGCUUGAUGGCCCCGACCAUGAUGAAGUAGUCAAGGAGAUUGUUAGAGCCGCUGAGACUCUCGGCUUCUUCCAAGUUGUGAACCAUGGAGUACCCGUCGAACUACUGGAGUCCCUUAAAGAGACCGCCCAUAACUUCUUUGGUCUGCCCGCUGAAAGGAAGGCUGUUUAUCGCAAAGAAGUGAGUCCAACCCCGUUAGUGAAGUAUGGUACGAGCUUUGUCCCAGAAAAAGAGAAAGCACUGGAAUGGAAAGACUAUAUUAGCAUGGCCUACACUAAUGAUGCUGACGCUCUUCAACAUUGGCCUGUAGAGUGCAGGGAUGUUGCUCUUCAAUACUUGAACACAUCACUUGAUAUGGUGAGGAAAUUGCUUGAAGCUUUGAUGGGAAAUCUUGGAGUGGAACUGGAUGACUCAAAGAUUGAUGCAUUCAUUGGAAAGAAGAUGGUUAAUAUGAACUAUUAUCCAACAUGUCCUAAUCCUGAGCUCACAGUUGGUGUAGGACGCCAUUCUGACAUGGGUACUCUCACAAUCUUAUUACAAGAUGGGAUUGGUGGUUUGUACGUAAAAGUCCCAGAAGAUGUAGACAUGGAAGAGAAAGGAGAGUGGGUCGAGAUUCCUCCUGUUCCUGGUGCCUUGGUCAUCAACAUUGGUGAUAUGUUACAGAUAUUAAGUAAUGGAAGGUACAAAAGUGCAGAACAUAGAGUUCGCACCACAAGCACAAAAUCCAGAGUGUCAAUACCAAUAUUUACGAGCCCACAAGCAACACAAAAGAUUGCACCAUUGCCUCAGGUGGUCGAGAAAGAUGGAGUGGCUCGAUAUAGAGAGUUUGUUUUUUCAGAUUACAUGAACAGCUUUUUCGGAAAUGCACAUGAUGGCAAGAAGUCCCUUGAGUUUGCAAAACCCAACUCGGCUUGAAAUAGAAAACAUAUUCUACUCUAUUCUCCGUGAUAUUGAUUCUGGCACAUCUAUUACUCCCUCUUAUAUUUAGCACAAGUGUUUUGUUUGUGACAAUAAAAAGAUGAUGAUUUAGGGUAGCCUCUGUCAUCUCUUCUUUCUAUAUUUUUGAACCAAAAGUUGUAAUUCAUCAGCUUCUUAUUUGUAAUUGAGAU